AUGCUCGACGAUUUGGUUUUGUCCCGUUGCCAGGGUGCGUCGGGCGAUUUGAUUAGCUGGUCGACAGACGGGUAUAUUUCACUGCCCUUUCGCAAGGAGUUUUUCAUUUUAAGGCCCAAAACGUCAGAUGAGAUCUCUGAAAUAUCGGAUGUCUUCAAUUUGACAAGAUUAGCGGGUUCGAUCUCUGAACUGCCCAAUGCCCUUGAUGAGGCCGUUUGUACCGAUGAGGAGAUAUGUGUGGGCCAAUUGCAAGAUUCGACAACUACUAGCGUAGUAGAAGCACGUUGGUCGGCUUCGGGGGUGGGAGAAAAUAAACAAUGUGUAUUGAGCCUUGUCACAGAUACCGGAAACGCGUUCAUUCUUGAGCAAGAUGGAUUGAACAACUGGAAAGUGCGUCACAACGUGAUAGAUGUUCUGAAAAAAGAUGAAAACAUUGAUUUGCAGCGAAUUGUCAAGUAUUCACAGCUUAAACAGCUUCGAGUGAAAUCGAUUGGCUGGUUUCACCAUCUGCAUAGCUCGCUAAUCAAUGCGCCAGUGUGGCCCCUGGAGGUCUCUUCCACUUUUGUUUUAUGCACGGAAAACAACAGUGCCUGGAUUUACCGCAUGGGGGCUUCUCUCUCGCGAUUGCUUGAGAUACAGCUCCCAGAUACCAAAGUACGGAAAUGUGAGGUCUCCGACUGGACUAGAAAUGGGAAGUCGUUGGAGGCGUUUGUGGUUUUUGAGCUGGUCACAAACGAGUUGAUAGCCCAGAAAAUAGAGUACAACAAGGAAUUUGUCGCAAAAGAACAAUUCAGCAUCCAUCCUCCAUCCCCGAUCCUUGUCUCGCAAUUCGCUCUUUCCACAUUCGAUGGCGAUUCCUAUUGUACCAUAUCGUCAGAUAUCUUGCAAUGUGUCCAGCUUUCCACACGUAAGACACUCUCGCACCCGCUUUCUUCUGUCGUGUCGAUUUCCUCAAUUAUCCAUAAAGAAAACCUCAUUAUUCUCUCCAACGGCCAUAAAGAUUUGAUUUUUGGGGCCGUAGACUGGAGUAACAACAAGAUCCAUCUUGAUGAAUACGAUUAUCGCCGUUUUGUACAAUAUGAACAUCCGCUUGCUGCCAAGUUAAACGAGCUCAAUAAAGUUCGGCCGUUCCGUAUAAUGGCAUUCUCCUACAACCCCACCAAAGACUUUAUUGCCCUGAUUCACGCUCAGCGGUCGCAAAAUACAAUAGACUCCAGAAACAUUUCGCUCAAGGAAGACUAUUCCUUGGCAAUUGUUCCUGUGAGCAAGCCUGUCACUCUCCAUCUCUCAAGUAUCAACUACAGUCCGCCUUAUAUUGAGCAACUGUGCGCCCUGUGGCCUUAUGAAAACCUCAAAAAUAUCAAACUUGAUACCCCAAUAGCACCAAUACUUCCCUCCGACUUGGAUCUCGCGCUGUCUGAGCUUUACCUGUCCGAACAGAUACAGGGCAUGCGGCUGGCGAACCUCCUCCAAGCGCAUUCCUUUGACCUAACUCUACUUAGAACCCUUGCUCAUGCCGUGGUCAACCAUAUUUCGACACACCAACCGCAGCUAGACGAUUGCGACACACUUCUGUACAAUAAUUAUCUACAGUUUCUUGGUCAGCCUCCCCUGACAUCGAAGAAAAGCGUUACACUCAACAUCCCAGGACUCAAUGCGACUGAGACAUUCUCACUGGAUGCGCCAUUUGACUCCGACACCAUUACCUCAGAGCAGAGCCAUACUUGGCUACGCUGCUCAGCUACGUUGCUUCCAUUGUUCACGACAAAACUGCUGGUGUGCGAAACUUCUGGAAAACGAAUCAUCUCGCCAGUGUCUCCUCAUUUGGGACCAUUGACCAGAAAGGUCCUGGAGGGACUACAGAUUUGUUUUUUCAGCGGAGGGAGAUGGAUUAGAAAGUGA